GAGCGGGUUCAGUACGUACGUCUGGUACACAGGAUAGCGGCACUCAUGGGUACUCACAGAAGCACAGUGGCGACUUCUAUAACCGUUUAGCACCACUGAAGGUGCGACAUUUAUUCCGGGCACGUACCUGACAGCGGACUGUCCUGAAGCCCCUAGGAAUCUCGCGCUCUAGUAGAGUGAGAGACAGAGUAGAGCGCGCGCUCCACGGACCGCAGUGGAAUGUAGCGGGGUUUCCCGGCGCGCGGGACAAGAGCUGUCAAUCAUUUAUCAACGCCUCAAGAAAAUACCUGAGCAGGUGGAUCAUGGCCAGUGGGAGUGGCUGGCGUUACUAUGCCUGAAGGCGUGUGGCGAUGGUGUCCAUGGAGACAGAUGGCAGCUUCACUGGGGGCCACGGUCUGUCCCUCUUACAGACUGAAGAUAGCGUGGGGCCUGGACUUCCACAGCAGGAGGGGGCGUGGCUUGGAUUCCGGGCUACAGUGAGUGCUGUGCUGAUGCUGGAGCUGCUCCUGGGGGUUGGUGGCAAUUUGACCGUGCUGGUGUUAUACUGUGGUCACUGCAGCCUGUUGGAGUCUGUCAGUCAUGCCGUCACACUCAGCCUGCACACCCUUGACCUACUGCUCUGUCUCCUUUGCCUGCCAGUAACCGCCACACUCCUCAUCCUUGGUGGAGCCUCGGUUCCUCACCACGCCCUUCUCUGCUGUCUCCACGAAUCGGCAGCCAGUUUCGCCUGUGUGGGCACCGCACUUAACCUUCUUCUCAUCAGCUUAGACCGCUAUGAUAUCAGUGUCCGGCCAGCCAAUCGCCUGCUGACACCUCGAAGGGCAACCAUUUUACUUGUUGGAGUAUGGACAGUUUCUUUAGCCGUACCUCUCCUACCAUUCGUGGAGGCGGGGUUUGUUUCAGGGCAAGGUGAGGGGGUGUUUGUGCACUCCAAUAGCACUGUGCUAUGUUCAGAGUGGGGGGGAUCUCUACAGGCUCAUCUGUUAUUACAGGUUCCUGUGUUCCUCUGCUCUCUUGCUGUGAUGCUGUUUACAUACUUGAGAAUUCUUCAGGCACUGCACAUCCGCAUUGGACGCACACCCAGGCCCCAUCGAGACAGCAAGCGGCCUGUACAACGCCUCUGGUUACGCCGUAAAAGGUCAACAAGGUCGCCAGAUCACACAACGAGAAACACACCCAUCUCCCCACCGCCGCUUUCGACUGGGCCGCUUAUCGCCUCGGAUACAGUUACAACAGUAACCAUCAACACUGAGACGAACACUCCCUCACUCACCACACCACUUAGCCCCACCCCUACUAUGUCUGUGAUAACCUCGCCCUUAAGCCCCACCCCCACUGUUUCAGUGGUAACCACGCCUUUGAGUCCUGCCACAUCUAUGUCCGUCAUAACUAGCCCCCACGUCCCUACCCCUGCUACAUCAUCAGUGACCAUGCCUUUGAGCCCUAUGCCCACUGUGUCUACGGUAACCACUCAGCUAAGCCCCGCCCCCGUCCAAGGUCCACCCAGCAUGGGCGUGGGAGCGUCAGUAUCUGCCAUUUUGGCUCUGCGUCGAGCGGUUCGUCGCCACCGUGAUAGGAGGGAACGUCAAAGGCGAGUCUUUCGCAUGUCUGUCAUCAUCAUCCUCUCAUUUCUGCUAUGCUGGGCACCUCUCUCCAUCAUGCCCCUUCUCAUGCUGGCUAUCGGACCCUCUGAUUGGAUAGAACGCCUGAGACUCUGCUUCCUUGUGCUUGGAUAUUGGACGGUAGUGCUACAUCCGCUGCUGUAUGCAUUCACGCGGCAAAAACUGCGCAAAGUUCUGCAUACUCGUCUGCGCAGGCUGAGGUCGCAAAACGUGCAGACUCGUAUUCGCACUAAAACCAGGAUCCGCCACAAGCAAAGGGCAGAUUGCAGCGAUGCUACUGACCGCUGCCUGACAGAGGCUGUUAAAGAGUGAGUGUUUGUAUGUCUGUGACUUAUAACUAGGCUCACACGGAAUCUGAAUCUGUGCAUUCCUAAGCGUUCGUCCGUCAUUCCCUUUUGUUUUAGUUUAUUCGAGAUUUUGGAUGAUUUAAUUAUGCUUUCAGCUGAUAAUAUCAAUAUUUUCAGAUCCAUUUAACAUAUUUAACCAUGUUUAAAUCCAAGGCCGUAACUGUAUUUUGAACAUUGGGGAGGGGACCAAACAUUUUUUUUUUCUUUGGGUAAGGGAACAAAGAAAAACAAAGGACUUGAAUUUAUUGUAGAGUAAUCAAUUUGAGCUAUUUGCAAAUAAUAUUUUUAUAUUAAAAUAUGCACACAUUCACUUAAGGCUGAGGUACAGUUGAGCGUGCAACAGACAGACACAUUCUUUUCAAGUGCUUGCAUAUAUCAAAUCAUUUGACGUGUGCUGCUGUCCUCACAAAGUCUGUGUGGACAGAAAUAUUGGGCUGAUCAUGGACAUCACUAAACUGUGUUAAUGACGAAAAUUGCAAAAUGCCAAAAGGAGCUCAUAUGAGUUAACAAAAUGUAAAAUAGUUAUGAAUUUUUUUUAAAUAGUUACGAAUGAGAUUGUGUUGCAAACACGCACAAGUAUACUUUAGGCUAAAUUCUCUGCCUAAUAUGCUGAAAACAUCUCCGUUAAUAUUUCUUGUCUCGUCAACAUAAAGUUAUGAAUUACAUGAAUAAAUUCAAAACGGUGAAAUUAAUAUUUAAGUUAAGAUAUAUCAUAUAAGUUAAGAAAAAAUAAAAGUUCAUAUGUUUAGCUACUUGCGUCUUCACACUCUUUCACCCCUAAACCAGAAGCAUCAUGCUUUAAUUCGCUCUCAUCUUGUUUGAACAAUGAAGCCUUCUUUGAUUUGAUUGGCCAUGUCAAUUUUUUGGACAUUGACAAGUGCUAUUAGCCCACUGAUGCAGACUAGUCUAAAAAUUAAACUUUUUGUUAUCCUACCAACAAACAGAGGAGUGGUAAUGGAGCGCAGCAGAACAACAUCAAGGAUAUCAAAUACUGAGGUUAACAAUUUGGCCAUAUCUAAUUAUUGAGGGGACUUGUGGUUACAGGCCAGGUUAAAUCUAUUCCUCCGAUUUUCCCCACAAAUCUGUGUAGAAAAUGUCAAAGAAAAAGAGAAAGUCAGCAGAUUCCGUCUGGGCCUGUUUAUGACUGUAGGUAAAAGGUGUGUGCUGGAAACCAUUAAUGUGUUAGAUGUGUUAGAUGAUAUGUGUGACUAGCUCACCUCUAUAAAGGAAACUAAAUGACGUUGGUAGGUCUUUAUUAUCCACCAGUUUGUUGUAUUAUUGGCAAAUAAUCAGCAUAGGGUUUCUAAAGCACACUGAACUCUGAGGUCAACAGGGCACUGUCUAAUUAACAAGUAGAGCACAAAUAUUCCCAUGGUGCUAGGGAAAAGAGCACUGAGAGAGCGUUCCUACAGGUGUGAGUCUGCCAGAGGCCAUGUGCAAUAAAUACCAAAUCCAGGUUAUGCAUCGCAUGAGAUCCAUAUAAAUUAGUACUAACAUUUUUGCAUUUAUUGUGUGGUGUAAAAAGUAACCGUCUGUCCACCAGUACACAUACAUGUGCACAUAUUUUACAUUGUGCUUCUCACUGAUAGUCUAGAGGGCAACAGAUAUAUCAUUGUGUUUAUUAAUGUAUAUGAUCAGGGAUGUAAAUAGUCACUAAUAUUUCUGUGGUUUGAAACUGCAGCCAAUUUGAACUCUGCUCUACCAAGGGCAUGUGUACUGGUUCAUUCAGUUUCAGAAUACUGACAAAACAACUUUUACAAAGUCAAAAUCUAUUUAUUUUAUUUGUGUCCCAUAUACUGAAUGUAUAUCUUGUCAGUGCUGUAUAUUAUUUCAGAUUGAGAUUGUUAUUGUAUUAAUUUAUAAUAGAGGAGCAAUAAGUCUGAAUUAAAGUAAUAAAAAA